GCUGAUCUGACUGUUGACAGCUCUGCUCUGAAGUAACAUGGUGUCACGGACUUAUCUACUCCAACAAUGACCAGGCUCUGAAUACUCGGCGGUCCGCUGCACUCCGGCUGUUUGUCCACCGUUCUAAAAGACCCCUGUCAGUCCCUUUCUGGCUGAGUGACAUGGACGUAGGAGAGGAGGUGCGAGUGGAGGCGGUCCAGUACUGCUGCUCCACCUGUGACGGAGGGGACGUGGCCGCACGCAACAUGGCGCGUCGCACCAGGAAGACCCGCAGCCUGAGCACGUCAUCGGCAGGUUCCUCUGACUACAGGAGGACCCAAUCACUUCAUGGACCAAGCCCUGUGACCACGUUUGGCCCCAAGGCGUGCAUGCUUCAGAAUCCACAUGCAGUGAUGCACAUUCAGGACCCUGCCAGCCAGAGACUGACAUGGAAUAAACCACCAACAAGUGUCCUUGUUAUCAAGAAGAUCCGAGAUGCCAGUCUGCUGCAGCCUUUCAAAGAGCUGUGUGUGUUCCUCACUGAGGUGAAAAAUUUGCUUGUUUACGUGGAAAAGAAGGUUCUGGAGGACCCAGCCAUAUCAGGAGAUGAAAACUUUGGGGCCAUUACGAAGAAAUUCUGCACUUUUCGAGAAGACCUGGAUGACAUCUCCAAUCGUGUAGACUUCAUCAUCUGUCUGGGCGGGGAUGGGACUCUGCUGUACGCCUCGUCACUCUUUCAGGAGAGCGUUCCACCAGUCAUGGCCUUCCACCUGGGAUCCCUGGGCUUCCUCACACCUUUCAAAUUUGACACCUACCAGUCUCAGCUCACCCAGAUUAUUGAAGGAAAUGCAGCCAUCGUCCUCCGUAGUCGCCUGAGAGUUCGGGUUCUGAAAGAGAACUGGGAGAAGAAGGCCCGAGUGGAUGAGAAGGGCAUCAUCUUGACCAACGGGGACGUGGAAAGCAGCCGCAAAGCCAUGGAGUAUCAGGUGCUGAAUGAGGUGGUGGUGGACAGAGGACCCUCCUCCUAUCUGUCCAACGUGGACCUGUUCCUGGAUGGACACCUCAUCACUACAGUGCAGGGAGACGGCGUGAUCGUGUCAACGCCAACAGGAAGUACAGCAUACGCCGUGGCAGCUGGAGCCUCCAUGAUCCACCCCAACGUCCCAGCCAUCAUGAUCACCCCCAUCUGCCCACACUCACUGUCCUUCAGGCCCAUCGUGGUCCCAGCUGGAGUGGAGCUCAAGAUCAUGUUGUCUCGUGACGCUCGUAACACGGCCUGGGUGUCAUUCGAUGGACGAAAGAGACAAGAGAUCUGCCACGGAGACAGUAUCACCAUCACCACUUCCUGCUUCCCCGUUCCCUCCAUCUGCUUCCGGGACCCGGUGAACGACUGGUUCGAGAGCCUGGCCCAGUGUUUACACUGGAACGUGAGGAAGAAACAGAACUACCUCAGCUCAGAGGACGAGGACUUCUGACCGUGUGUGUGUGUGUGUGUGUGUGUGUGUGUGUGUGUGUAACCUCUGACUAAACUCCAUUCACAGAUCUGUUCAUUGAUUCCUUUGGGUUUUUAACAUGAUGUCAUGGGCUGUUUUAAUGUGGUUUAAAUGGACCAAUCAGAACAGUAGCUGCUGUCGCCCAUCAGCUGAUGUGAGUGGAUGUGUUUAAGUCGAGUGGAGUCGGUGUGAGUCCUGCUCCUUAGUGACUCGGGGUUACGCAAGUCGACUUUAUUUAUGGGUGACUUUAAGUGAGUAGGAAAACAAAGGCCUGUUGUUGGAGAAGCAGCAUCUGUUUCUGAAUGGAGUUUGGUCUGGCAGUUGGACCUGGACCAGGACCUGGACCUGGACCAGGACUGCCCCUGUGUGUGUUUACUUCACUGAACGCUCUGGAACUUUGGCCUUUUCAAGUUAAAACAGCAGAAAUCUGAUUUUCCACUACACUAAUGACCCCCCCUCAAAAAAACCCACACCAGGUCAUUCCUUGAGUCAAGUUCCAGCUCGACUUCUAACGACAGACGUUAUCAGGUUGUUCUAGUAUUUUUUAAUCUUUUUUGACAGAUGGCAGGAAACAUCUAUUACUUACUAAUGAACACAUGGUUGUCAGUGCAGGUGAAGGCCACGCAGCACUUUAGUGACAAACAUGUAAGAGCACCGACAUGAAAUCAAACCAAUGAUACUGUCUGAAAAUAUCAUGAUAUGAGGUGAAAAAGUUUAAGCAUUUACGUAAUUACACAUUUUAAAUCUACAAGUCCUAAUAUUAUGAGAAAAAGUUGUAUUUCUUAAGCGACAAAGGCUAAUUUGACGAUGAUAGUCACUACAAUCAGGAGUAAAUCAUAUUAUUUCAAGAAAAAAAACUAUAUUAAUCUCAGAAGAAAAGUAGCAAAAAUAUGAAACAAGACAGAAAUGAAAUAUUUGAUCUUUAUUCUUGUAAUAUUCUAAUUCUGUUUACGUAUUUAAGGUUCUUUUAUGUUAGUACCUCUUUAUUCUAUAAAUAUUACUAGUUAUUUUUUGUAAAUUGUGACAUUUUUUCAUGUAAAUCUACAUUUUUCACAUUCUCAGAACACAAUGUUUUUUCCUCACAGUGUCACUUUGUUUUUAUUCUAUUUUUUUUCUUGUAAUAUGAUUCUGUUCUCAUACUACGCCUUUGUCAGCGUGUCACUACUAAAUACCUGUAACUACAGAACGUACCUCUGAUUAUUAAGACAAAUGAUCAGAAUAUGAUUCAGUUCUUCGUAUAAUUGGACUUUAUUCUCCUAACAUUUCGUCUUAAAUCUGUUCAUACUCUUUCUCAUAAUAUUGUGACUUCGUCCUUGAAACAGCAGAUGUCCUCCUUCCCUCACUGUGGCGUUUAAUGUCCGUUACUACGUUUGUUGUGAUACAGGAAAAGCUCACGUGGCGUUGUGUCAGUGAACGCCACAGACCAGUCAUUGUCCUGGUCAGUGUUCUUCUGUGCAGCUCCACCCCCAGCGGUGGGCGGAGUGUACAGACGUGCCUUAAACAGCGCUGCAGUGACUGUACAGACGUUUACAUCCAGUCCUGAACCCGCUGAGCGCUGAUCUGGGAUCUGUGCACAGGCUCCAAGACCACAUGUAGGCGGGGUCAGGCCCCAAGACCACAUGUAGGCGGAGUUAGGCCCCAGGACCACAUGUAGGCGGGGCCAGGCCCCAAGACCACAUGUAGGCGGGGUCAGGCCCCAAGACCACAUGUAGGCGGGGCCAGGCCCCAAGACCACAUGUAGGUGGGGUCAGGCCCCAGGACCACAUGUAGGCGGGUCAACCCCCAAGACCACAUGUAGGCGGGGUCAGGCCCCAAGACCACAUGUAGGCGGAGUCAGGCCCCAAGACCACAUGUAGGCGGGUCAACCUCCAAGACCACAUGUAGGCGGGGUCAGGCCCCAAGACCACAUGUAGGCGGAGUCAGGCCCCAGGAC